GUUAAAAACAUAAAUUAUAUAAUUAAAUAUUAAUCAAAUAAAUUUUUUUAAUUAUAUAAUUAAAAAUAUAACAUUAAGUUAUUUUAAAAUUUAUUUUAGUAAUGAAUAUAGUGUACAAAGAACUUGCGUACAAAGAACUUUUCAAAAAUUUAUGAAAAUGUUUAAGUUCGCAUCGCGGACAAAACACCUAGUUACAUUAUAUUCGAUCACCGUACGAUUGAGGUGGGAACACGUGUCCUAAUCUGCUUAUUGUUUCCAAUUGCUACAAACGGAGACGGUCGUCCUGUGUGAAAACUUAAUUAAACGUCACCGUUUACAGCGUUUAGAAGAUCCGUCCCCAAAUACCCGGUGAGAAGCGUUCAUAUGCAUCAUUUAUUAUUUCAGUUCUAUUUAACAAACACGAAAUAGUUAUUCAGUAUUUUAUGAUAAACAUCCAUAAUAACAUGUCAUAUUUGAUAUUUUAAAUACAUCAUACAGAAGUAGAGUUUUAAAAAUUGCCUCUGCUAUGUACAUAUGGACCACUAAAUAUAACACCACAUUUGGAGUUACAGGAACCAUUUAUUUUCGGUGAACAUUAUAGAACACAUCUUAUGCUUGUUCUGCGCAUGUUAGUCCAGCAUAGAAAAACUCUCUCUACUUAUUCAGAUUUUCUUAUGAGUUACAACCAUUAAUUAUAUUAUUAACAAAAUCUAUAACGUAUAUCAGUAAGGUUUAAUUUGCAAGAAAAGAAAAGAACUCAGCACAUAUAUAGCCCAAAUUAGAGUUGAGUCGAGCCUGCUUGCCUUUAUGAGAAGGUGACCAAGCCCAUGAUACAAUCCUUUCUAACGAUGGUUGGUUUGUAAAAAUCAAUUAAAUCCAGAGUCAUGAUUCUAAGUUUCUAACGAAGGUUUGCUUUGUAAGAAACUCUAAAUCAUUUCAAGAUUUGGUAAAUCUAUAUACUACAAUUCAUGAAUUGCGUGCGUAAUCCAAGCAUUUUAAGGAUUUUGAUGAAUAUUAUAUAGUAUCUAUAAAAAGACACGCACGUAACAUCUCGACUCUAUAUCCGCACCGCACGCAUGCACGUAUUUUAACAAAACUUUAUAGAGUUUUAUUUAUAAUUCAUAAACGCAUUAAGCUUCAUAAUACACUUUACCUGACUCGGUAAUUAGGAAGACAUGUCAGUAUUUCCCUGUUAGUUGGACUUCGUUCAAUAUUUUUGUUUCUUAAUAGAUGGUUUCGCUUAAAAUAGUAAAAAAUGUUUGACUCAGACAAAAUUUAAUUUUGAUACAUUUGUUUAGCAUGAAAUAGGUAGUUGUAUAUUCCUGUUAACGUAUUUUGUAACUAAUAGGUUUGUUUAAAAUCAUUUGGUAAGGAAAAUGAUUGAGUGACAAUUUCAAAAUUCAAUGGAAAAUACAUGUAAUAUAUUCAGUGAAAAAGUUCUACUGUUUCAGUAAUCUUAAAGCAAAGGAGAAAACAAAAGGCUAUGAUUAGUCUAACAAGAGGGGCUAGAAAAUAAAAGCCAUGAGACAUGCAAAUGCAAUCACGCAUCUUGAAAAGCAAGCCCUAGUUUUGACUGACAAGCAACCACAACGCAGUAAAGUUAGGUUCUCAAAAUUAGCGCAUAAAUAAAGAAAUAUAUGAUUAAAGUACUUGAACUAUGUAUGUAUGUUUCCAAUAAAAUGCGUUUCUAGUUAAAUAAUAAUUACCGAAAUUAUAGUAGGCAUUCUUUUGUAGAAUAAUGUAUAUACAUAUACUUUUAUGUAUGCUAGAAAAUUCGAGGGAUAUUAUUUUUGGUAAGGAAAAUAUAGAAAAAAGGAGGGGACAGAUAGGAGGCGGAGGCAGUUAUGUAGUGUUGUUAGGGAACAACUCUCUCCUUUGUAAUAUUCUCCAAAAUCAAUUGGUUCCAAGUAAGUCCAUAUUCUUCUUCAAGUUAAUUGACUACGAAGAGUAGAACUCGAACAAAUUGAGAGUAAUCAAGCUGAGUAUAAGUUUCAGCUCCAAUUUGUGGUGUGCGUAUGAGUCUCAAUUUUGUUUACAUGGUUCAAGCCAAACCAAAGCUAACUGGGGUUUGAUAGAAAUAUCUAAAUUAAAAAUAAACAAAUUGAUUUGUAAAUAAUCAAUGUUUUAUUUUCAUGCAAAGCAUAUAAAACUGAAUAUACAAAGAUUAAGUUGUAGAAUCUAAUUAUAUAUCAUAUCAUAAAUAAUAUAUGUGUAGUUUUAGAUAAUAUUUUUUAUCAAUGUGGCCAUUUAGUUACUUUUUUUGUUGAAUUCUUGCUCAAAGUAUAAUUGAAUAUGAUUGUAGUUUAGUCACAUUAGCUACUUUUUAAUAUUGGUAAAUAUGCUAUUAUAAACUAUAAAAAAUAUUACACGAUGAUUUUGCAUCCGAUAAUUCUACCUAUUGUAUGGGAAUUAUUGUAUCAUUUUUAGCUGCUUUAUAAGAUCCCCAAUUGGUUAUAUUCUUCGUACAUUUCUGAAGAUCUCCAACAAAUAUUCUAUCCAUUAAUCUCUUGUAAAUCACACUAGCUACUUUGAAACCAACAAAUUGAAAACUUUUUCCCCGGUUGAACAAACCCAAAAAAAAGCUAUAAUCAGUCUACACUAAGCUAACAAUCCCGAGCGAAAACUCAGAGUAAUCUAUGAAAUACGUAUAAGUAUUUUUUUUUGUACAUGAGUACAUUAACUAUUAUACCGACCAAUUUAGCAAAAAAAAAACUAUUAUACCAACCAUAGUAAAAUCUGUAUAACGUACACAUUUGACUGAACCGAACCAAGCCACACUUGCAUCUCGUCUUGCAUGUUUUUCUAACAUAAUUUGAUUCAUUACAUAGUUCUACUUUCAACACAAUGUACAUGCUGACAUGUUGUAGGGAGUCCACGUGAAAACAAAAGUGCCACGUGGGAAAUGACAAAUGUAGUCAUUGGUCGUCGUGUCGUAUGUAUGUCUCCUUUUUCUCGUGCUUGCAAAUAUAAGAAUUGUGACGUCUCCUUAAGUCCCAUAGACAAAGGAACUCUCAUUAGGUCCUCCCUUUAAGGUGAACCAUUCAUUACUCAUCAUGCCCCCUCUCUUCUUCCUUUGCCUUUUUCUUUCAAACUUUCAAUUCUUUCUACUUACUUAUUUAUGAUUACGUGUAACAACUUCUCUUCUUACUAAGAUGUUACGUACGAUUUACAUCAUUAUAAUGGCCAUGUUUUGAUCGGAUUCACCAUUUGCAACGGUCCGUUAAAGCCAAUUAUGUUUAAUAGAAUGUUAUUUAACUAAAAUUCUAUGAUUUCAUGUUUGGUUAGCUCUUAUACCGGGAACAAAUCUAUAGUCAACCGUUAAAUACAAAAUAAAUAAAAUUGUUUAUGAUCCUGUUUCGAACUAAUAUAUGGUAAAUGAUAAGAUCAUCCACAUUGGAAAUUUCUCAAAAGAAAUCUCUAAAAAGUCAUAUUAACAAUUAGCUGAAACCUUUUUAAUAAAUGUGAGACUUAUGUGAGAAUUUCUCAAAUGAAAGACUCACAUAUUCUCAACUUUAUUUAAAAAAUCAUUUAAUUAAUAACAUAAUCUGUGAAAGGUACAUUUUGAUAAAUUCUUAAUGCAUGUCCUAAAUAUAGAAUCGCAUAUUUUUCAAUAGUAAAAUAUAUUAAAGAACAUUCGUACUCGUCACAUCAACCUAGUGAACAUAGUUACUAGAAUAAUUAACGAUAAUCAAUCUGAAAAUUAGAUUGGAAACCGUCCGCUUGAUACGGAUUUUUUGCUUCCACUAACUUGUUCGUCAAUUGUUUACGUUAGCCAUACAUUUUAGUUUUAGAGAGAACCCCGAACCCACAAAAUCAUAACCAGCACAUUAACCGAAUCAACAUUUGACACGUGUUUCUGUCUGCUACACUAACAACAACUUUAGCGGACGCUGUCUCGUCAUUCCACUGUCGCAUUUGUACUUGUGACUGUGUAUUUAUUUUAUAAACCAAAAUACGAAGACCACGCCAAACUAUAAUAAAAUAAAUUGAAAUUCCCAGUCUAGAUCUUCUAUAUAAAGAGACACGUACAUACCAAGCAUGGCGGCUCAUUGCUCAUUUGUCUCACCUAAAAAAGAAAAUAAAAAAAAGGGAAAACAAAAUUGAAAGAUAGAUAGAUAUGGGAAGAGGAAGAAGUUCUUCGUCGUCUUCUUCUAUAGAGAGUACCAGUAAGAGCAACCCAUACGGUCCCUCUUCAAGUACACGAAACCUAAGCACGGAUCUAAGGCUCGGACUCAGUUUCGGGGCAUCCUCAGGGACGCCAUAUUUCAACGGUGGUUACGGGUAUUCUGUUGUAGAUCCGACGGCAGAGUAUAAGGUUGCGGUGGCUGAGGAGGAGGAAGAAGAGAACGAGUGUAACAGCGUAGGGAGCUUCUACGUGAAAGUGAACAUGGAGGGAGUUCCAAUUGGGAGAAAGAUCGAUCUCAUGUCUCUUAAUGGCUACCAUGAGUUGAUCAGAACCCUAGAUUUCAUGUUCAACGCAUCCAUUCUCUGGGCUGACGAAGAAGAGAUGUGCGGCCAGAAGAGUCAUGUGCUAACAUACGCGGACAAGGAAGGUGACUGGAUGAUGGUUGGUGAUGUUCCGUGGGAAAUGUUUUUAUCUACCGUCAGAAGACUGAAGAUUUCAAGAGCUUACCACUACUGAUGUUUAAGUCUACUUGUGUGUUCAUUAAAAGUAAUGCCAAGAAAAAAGUUUUUGUCGUAUGUAAAUCCAUCGUCAGUUUAAGUUAUUUAUUUUAUAAAAAAAAUCGUUUUUCGUUUA